AUGAACAAUCAAAAUAUAGAGGAAACAAAAGAACAAUUCAACAAAAAAAUUGCACAAGAAAACUCUGAAAACAUAGAAAAGACUGGCACCGAGUUAAAAGCCCCAGAUGCACUUCUGCUUAAAAUGGAAAAAUUUGAAAGAAUUACUUCUAAAGGGGUAGUGCUGCUUAAAAAAGUUUCAUUUUCUCUGCCAGAAGGGAAGCUUAUAGCUCUUUUGGGACUGAGCGGAGACGGAAAGACAACUUUAAUGGACAGCAUAUCCGGUAUGUGCACACCAUCACAUACAACAUAUGGAAAAGUCUAUGUUAAAAACAAGAGUGGGAAUCUUGUUGAAAGAGACGCCGAGAGCUGGUUUAACCGGGUGAACUACACGCAUCAGGAUAUGAUUGCAUAUAAAGGAGUUUCUCUCCAGAAUAUAUUGUACUCAACUGCUGCGUGCUAUGGAAAGAAGAAACAGGAGGCAGAUGACUACAUGGCUCUUCUUAGGCUAUCAAAAGUAAAAAAUGUACUGUUUGAAAAUCUUUCUGGGGGGGAGCAGAGAAGAUCUAUGGUGAUAGCUGGGCUUUUGGCAAACAAAGAAUUAAACAUAUGGGAUGAGCCGCUUACGGGGCUAGACUCGGAAGUAGCAAGAGUCAUUAUUUCUAGCAUGCAAAAGACAAAAACCACAGACAUAGUCACAGUCCACCAAGUCUCAGAAGACCUAAUAAAGAGAUUUGACCAUGUGCUUCUUAUGCACAUGUCUACCAUUGUGUAUUCCGGGCCUAGGUCUGAGAUGCAAAGCUAUUUCGCUGAAAAGGGAAUCCAGUUUCCAAGUGACAUGUUCUAUAUAAACUAUCUUAUGAAACUAUGUGCAGGAAAUAGCGAUGACCAUAUUGAUACAAAAAACAUCGAAAUAUUCAACGACUUGGCAAAUGAGAUCAUACACAGCUCUCCUGGGCCAGUUGCAUCAACGAAUAUUGGACUGCUUAAGACGCAGGCAAACGUAUCUUUCCCCAGAGUUUUACAGAUACUCCAUAGGUCAUUAUGUAUAGACAGAUUGUUUAAAGGAAGUUCUAUUAUUGGGAAUGUAUUAACAUUUCUCUUUAUAGGAACCAUAGCGUCUUUAGGUACAUUUAUUAUGCUACAUUCCGCCUAUAACCCAAAGAAUGUGCUACUUCCGUACUUUAAGUAUAGCGAACAGCAGUGGGGAGCAUAUUUGGCAAACAUGCUAAAUCUAGUCAAAAACAAAUUAGCUUCUGAAAGCACAGCAGACUCUAAGUUUGUUGAACAAGUUACUGCGCUGCAGAUAGUUUCUGCAAACAUUGAAUGGGUAUCUGCUCUUAUUCAGAUAUUUGAAUAUGUGAUAUCGCUUAAUUGUAUUUCUGCAUUCCUCAUAGGGCCAAGCACGUUCUUGGCGCUAGACUUCUAUAGGCUAUGCAGAAGCAAUAUACACGGAAAGCAGUUUACUGUUGGUGAUUUUAUGUGCGCACUGAGCAUUGACACUUUUUUACGAAAGUCGCUCAUUUUCUUUGUAAUGUUAAUGGGAAUGCUUGCCAUUUCAGUCGGAAUUAUGGAUCCUAUCAUACUCAGCAGCUCUACUAUCGGCUAUGCUAUUCCUAUUAGUUUGAUGUUUUUCUGUAGUAUUUUGCUCGGACUGCACUCUAUUAUGCUAAACUUUGCUCCUAUUCCGCUACUGCUGUUCUCCAUAGUAGGGGGUUUAUAUGCAGUUGUUAUAAAUUUAAUACCAAAUAUUAUACUAUCUGCUGUGGGCUGGGUUGACCCUUCAUUGCGCGCGUGCCCAGACACAAUAAUUCCACUAUUUGUGCGAGAAAAUACAGAAAUAUGGCUUGAAGUGAUAGACAGGUUUAAUACGCUUUCCUUUAUAAAAUCUCUUAUGAAGGUGGGGUUACAAAUAGGUGUAGUGUUUACUAGAUUCAUGAUUGUGUGCAAUCCUAUUAAAUAUUUUGCACAGAUGCUAUCUAAGAUGUGCUUGUAUAUGAACUAUAUACGUCUCGAUUCUACUAUGAAACAUUCUAUCGACAGCACUACAAUUAAUAGAAUCUUAAAGGAAAUAGAAUUAUUAAAUCCAAGUAAAUCCAAUAGUUCUGAUAAAUUAAAAUUUCAGGAUGGUUCUUUUGCUAUAGAGAAGCUAAAGCUUUUCUGCUUUAGCUCUGAGCCAAAUGAAGUAUUUGACAAAGCAAGCUCUCUUAAAGACAUAUCUGCGCUGCACAUCAUAUGGAGUGAAACUCGGUUCUGGCUCUUGCCCGCCGUAUUGAUUGUACUAACCGGCCUUUACACAUACAGACAUCUUCAGCCAAAGCUAAGAAACUAAAAUGCGU